UCAGUGCUGUUCGAGGAAUAUCCCCGCAAAUGCAUACCUACCCAGAGAUAUUUUUGUACCGCGAAAUUGGCAAUCGGUCAAAUCGAAUAGAAGCCGCUCAUUAGCUGUUUUAACUAAUUCGAAUGCCCGCUGCAAUGCAGGGUUUAAUGGUGCAAUUAAACAAUGCAAGUGUGUCAUAUUUACAGCCUAAGUAAUUGCAGAGGUUUACAGUUCACAUGGAAAUGAAACGGCUGUAACGUAGAACAAAUUGCAACGAUGCAGUAGUCAGUGGCCAGUAACACGAGCAGGACCAAUCCGGCUCCAGUUCAGAUCUACGUGUAAUGUUCAGUGCAGUAUCGACCCUGAUGACAAACAAGGCGCAUCCAUUAGCAGAUUUGUGAAGCAAAAGAUAUGAAAUUGUACUCACUGCUCUGCAUCAUACUGCUGAUGGGAGCAAUCUUCCAUUCAGACGCCACAGGAAGACCGAAAUGCAUAGUUAAGUUCGAUAACGGAAUUGGUGCAGGCGUUUUGCAGGAAACAUUCACCAAAAAGUUGUACUGCUCCUACCGCGGAAUUCCGUAUGUUCAACCGCCAGUAGGCGAGUUGCGUUUUGAGGAUCCCGUUCCUCUGUACUUCGAUGCCUCAGUAACCUUCGAUAAUACAUCUCAUCCAUGCAUACAGCAGACGGUUUCAUCGCGAAAAUUCGGCCACGAGGAUUGCCUCUAUCUGAAUGUGUACACCACAUACGUGAGGAUGAGAAAACGACCACGACCGCUGAUGCCAGUGCUCGUAUGGAUCCAUGGAGGUAGCUUCACCGAAGGAUCCUCCGAAACGGAUAUAUUUGGUAACGAGUUUAUACUGGAUGAGGAUGUUUUAGUGGUCACAUUCAAUUAUCGUUUAUCAUCAUUAGGGUUCCUAGCUAUAGAUGAUUUGAAUAUUGCAUCCAAUUUAGGACUGAAAGAUCAGACUGAAGCUUUCCGGUGGGUCAAUCGGAACAUAAGAAGCUUUGGAGGGGACCCGGAUAGAGUUACAAUAAUGGGAUGGAGUUCCGGAUCCGCCGCAGCUACCUAUCAUAUGUAUGCACAGUCCUCGAGAAAAUUGUUCCAGCAUGUAAUCGCCAUGAGUGGAACAAUGACGCAACCAUGGGCAUACAAUUUCAUCCGUCAAUGGUGCAGUAACGAGUUUUUAAAGCAAAUUGAUGUUACUACCAAGGGUGAACUGAAAACGAAACCAGCAGGGCUUCUGGUAUCGUCUGACGGGCCGAAAUUUCAUUACUUCACUUUCAAUCAUUUAUGUUACAUGCCGAGCUCGGACAACGACUAUGCACCAAAAAAUCCUUACGACAUGGUUCGUAUGAUGAAACCCGUUAGCGACGUCCCACUUCUCAUCGGAAGCACAGCAGUAGAGCACGACAAUUUAUUUGAUCUGAAAAAUUUCAGCAUGGAUCAGUUCAAUUAUCCGAAUAGCAAUGUCACCAUUUACGAGCGCAUCAGAGAUUAUCUCGAGCAAUGCCGCGCGAAUCGUUCCGCCAGAGUCUUCUAUCGGAAGCUUGGCUCUUUUGCCGACUACCACUUUGGACUGCAAUAUUUCAUCGAAAAGGCAUCGCAACAAUUCAAGUCGUCAAUUUAUAGCUAUCGAUUCGCGUUUGAUGGGCCAUUUGCCUACGCCAAAAACAUAUAUUAUCGAAAUGAAAUCCAUCCCAUGACGGGCGCCAUGCAUGGGGAUGAUCUGGGAUAUUUUUUCACACCGUACAACUACCGGAGCAUUGUUACAUCGAGUGUAAUCAGCGAGCCACUCGUCAAACAAUCACUCAAAGUCCUUCGCCGCAUGGUACGCCUAUGGACUAACUUCAUCAAAUACGGAAAUCCAACCCCACCAAAUAGCAAAACAAAUCAGAAAAAGUGGCCACCAUACAAUGAUCGGAGUCAACCCCGGCAAGUUCUGCAUAUAAACCGACAACUUAAAGUGCAACAAGAGAACAUCUCCAAUAAUUAUUAUUACAAAUUGUGGAAAACUGUAUUCAACUGCAUGUAUUAUUUUGAGUGUGAUUUUUUAAACGAAAUAUAUGAUGAAUAAAACAAAUUGAUGACAAGA